UCAACAUGGCCGAGCAACUUGUUCUUCGCGGCACCCUCGAGGGCCACUCCGGCUGGGUCACCAGCCUGGCUACCUCGCUUGAGAACCCCAACAUGCUCCUGUCCGCCUCGCGCGACAAGACCCUGAUCAUCUGGAACUUGACCCGCGACGAGACCUCAUACGGCUACCCCAAGCGCAGCCUCCACGGUCACUCGCACAUUGUCUCCGACUGUGUCAUCUCCUCGGACGGUGCCUACGCCCUUUCCUCCUCCUGGGACAAGACUCUCCGCCUGUGGGAGCUCUCGACCGGCCAGACCACCCGCCGCUUCGUCGGCCACACCAACGAUGUUCUGUCCGUCUCCUUCUCGGCCGACAACCGCCAGAUCGUCUCCGCUUCCCGCGACCGCACCAUCAAGCUGUGGAACACCCUUGGUGACUGCAAGUACACCAUCACCGACAAGGGCCACACCGACUGGGUCUCCUGCGUCCGCUUCUCCCCCAACCCCCAGAACCCCGUCAUCGUCUCCGCUGGUUGGGACAAGCUCGUCAAGGUUUGGGAACUUGCCACUUGCCGCAUCCAGACUGACCACAUCGGUCACACCGGCUACAUCAACACCGUCACCAUCUCCCCGACGGUUCCCUCUGCGCCUCCGGACGGUACCACCAUGCUCUGGGACCUGAACGAGAGCAAGCACCUGUACUCGCUCAACGCCGGUGACGAGAUCCACGCCCUUGUCUUCUCCCCCAACCGCUACUGGCUGUGCGCCGCCACCGCCUCGAGCAUCAUCAUCUUCGACCUCGAGAAGAAGAGCAAGGUUGACGAGCUCAAGCCCGAGUACGUCGAGGUUGGCAAGAAGAGCAGAGAGCCCGAGUGUGUCUCGCUCGCCUGGUCCGCCGACGGUCAGACCCUCUUCGCCGGUUACACCGACAACAAGAUCCGCGCCUGGGGCGUCAUGUCGAGAGCU